AUAAUUUAUUUGCAAUAGAAAACUUGAUUACUGGAUAAAUAAUGAAGGAAAAAAUGUUGUAAAAGGAUUCUUAGCUAACAAAAAAUAAUUUAAGUAUUCAAGAGUACCUAAUAAAUAUUUUAUUUAUAAACAAUGAAUUGUUUACGUUUAUUUAGACCAAAUAAUUACAAUUCUUUAACCAGAAUUGCAUCAGUUAAACAUAUAUCUCAGUAUCCCUUGAAAUUUAUGGAUGUUCAAGAGAAAUGGAAAGAAAAGGAUGGUGUGUCUGAGCGCUGGAAACUAAUUUACAAAGCUCCUAUGGAAAAAGCUCUUAAUGUGGCAACAGCAUAUUUAACAGCUUCAACGGUUACUGUCGCUGGAGGGGGUAUUUAUUAUGCUGCAUUUCAAUUUGAUGUGAACACUAUGUAUGAUCCAGUUUUACUUGGAGAAGUAGUAAUCGCAAACAAUGCUUUGGAGUGCCUUAUAUACCUAGGGGCAUUUUUUAUGUUCCACACAGCUGUAAAAGUAUUGAUGUCGAAGUUUGUAAUACGUUUAUAUCAGGAUGGUGAUGAAUACUUGGCAAUCUUUAGAGGAAAUUGGUACAACUCUACAGUCCAACACCAGUUUAACUUGGAUGAGUUCAAAAAGCUAAGUCCUACAUAUGUUGUAUCAUGGGGUGACUCAAGGUUCCGCCUUGGAAAAAAACAUGGCAUAUUACUCGAUAAAUAUUUUAAGACUCCAGAGUAUUUUAAUUACUUAGUGUAUAAGAAGAAACCUAACAACACUAGCAAAUAAAAAAGUAGUAAGGUCAAACCACAUGUUAGUCAUUAUUUAGGAAAUUAAAGAAUUGUAUAAAUUA